AGCUUUGGUUAGCGUUGUUUACAUGGAGCAAUUUACCAAAACACAAGUGUCUUACUGUCACUUAAAUAGAUUUACACAUCACUUGUGUAACAAAUGUUAAACCAAAAACAAUGUUUACACGUAUGUUCAUGUGGACAAAAAAAGUUUCGUGGACUGACUCAUAAAUGCCCAAUCGGGGUUCAAGGGCAGCUCUGGCAUCCAGGCUAAAAUUUCACACAUCCGCACCUGUUGUCGCUCCCAAUGCGCCUCCAAGCAGAGAUGGGCCUACUGUAUUGAUUGUUGUCUUUUGUUAAAUCUGCAUUGAGAAGCUACAGAGGUUAAUCAGUUCGUGUUAAACUUCUACAAUAGUUUAAAGAGUCGUGUUUGUGAGCAAACAGCGGUGAGGUCAUUGUUUAAGCUAUUAAACAUUAGGUUGAACAGGCAGUUUAGGUUUGUGGUUUCUCUCUGCAGCGGGGUGGUGUCUAUACGGCUGCUCACCACACUGCCAUGAGAGGACAGAUUCAUCUCCUCAGCCAUUACCGCGUCUCUGAUUGACUGAGAGAUGUCCGUGGAGGUAGAAGAGGAACGAAAGUCGGACCCAAAAGGGAGAUGCGCAAGACUGAUUUGGCGUUUAUUUCCUCACGUUUUCCUCAUUGUCUCACUCAUUUUAUAUGCGGUUUUAGGAGCGCAGAUCUUUCAACAGAUUGAGAAAAGGACUAACAAUGAGUCGGAACGGAUUCGUGCAGCGGUGCAAAAAGUGGUGGAGACAGUUCAGAAUCAUACAGAUACCUCAAAACAGGAAGAGUUACAUGGGAAAAUAAAAAAUAUUUUGAAUGAAUUUCAAAAGGAGCAGAACUGGACCUUCUCUGGUUCCCUUUUCUUCUGCUGUACGGUGUUCACUACUGUAGGCUUUGGACACAUGUAUCCAGUGACCCGUGAAGGGAAGGUGGCUUGUAUCCUGUAUGCGAUGGUGGGCAUCCCUCUCAUGCUGCUGGUCAUCACAGAUGUGGGCGAUAUCUUAGCUGUUCUCCUCUCUGAAGCGUACACUCGUCUCAGUCUGUUCUUCAGGCGAUGUAUGGUACAUCGUUCAUGGAGCCUUGAAAAACACGAAAAGGCGUCACCUCUCCAACAAGUGCGAGGCGCUGAUACUGACAGCACUUAUACAUUCAACCAGGAUGUUGUGGUGCACAAGACAGUGAACAUUCAGCAGGUGAUAAGAGCCCAGUCUUCCUUCAGACGUACAUCCUUACAGCUUCGUAACAACAAGGAGAUAUUUGACCGCAUUAUUAUUAAGGAGAGCUUCAGGCUCAAGAACACUUUGACAAAAUCCUUCUCAUGCCCAGACCUUGACCGUAUGCCUUCUCCAGAGAACGGCUCCAAGUUAUUCACCGGCAUCGGAGAGAAGAUGGAUCACUUUAACGUCCCUCUGCUGGUCAUCUUGCUGGUGGUGUUUGCAUACAUGGUGGUCUGCAGUCAAAUUUUGAAACGCUGGGAGAGUGAGAUGAACCACUUUGAUGCCUUUUAUUUUACCUUCAUCACCUUGACCACCAUUGGCUUUGGUGACAUUGUGCCUAAACACCCAAAUUACUUCAUGGUUACCUUUUUGUUCAUUAUCAUGGGCAUGGCCAUUAUGAGUAUGGCCUUCAAACUUGGCCAAUCGCAAAUUGUUAGCUGUUACAGGCAGUGCAUGACUUGUCUUAGCAUGGGCAAGGUAGGAAUACACAAAGACCUAGAGGGUAACUGAAGGCAAUGGGUUUUUGUGGCUUUGCUAAUGGCACAUGAAAUUACUACAGGAAAGCAUGACCACUUUCAGUACAAGAUGGUAAUUUGUUUUAAUAUCUAUAUCACUGUCUGCCAGUUUGAUAAAGUGGGUUGAAGGGGAAUGGACCACAGUCCUGCCACAGUAUAAAACUGCGAUAAACAAGUAUAGAAGAAACAGUGAAGUAUGCACUCCUGUUAGCUAUCUGAGCCAAAAGAUGAGACUGGCCUCUGUGACUGUAUUAUUAUAUGCUUGUAUUAUUAGGAAAAUUGCAUGAGACUUUGUUUAUUUUUUGUUUAGAUAUGUAGCUUAUCA